UUGUAUUUGUACACAAAUGGCGAUCCUCGAGAUAUUUUCCAGUAACGUCAAAUAUAAAUAUAAGACAAGCAUUUGUUCUUCAUCUGCGCUACUAGUAUUAUUUCUUAGUAUAUUGACGCUAUUGUUACCACUGAUAAUUGUUUAUCAUACUGGAGGUUUCUGGCUAAAAAAUGCAGUGUAUAUGGAAAAACCAAAUGUUAUAUUUAAACAAAAAUAUUUAUUAUUGGCGGAGAGACAGUUUGAUGCACUUCCAAUCACGUGUUCUACAUUCACCGUGUAUAAGGAAAAUCCUAUUAAAGACGAUUGUCAAUUAGUAAAGGUGUAUGAAGUUGAUGAAAAUAAGGAUGGGCAAAAGGAUAUAUUAAAGUUUGAAGCACAUUUCUAUACAGACCUUCCUCUAAGAUUUAUCAGGCUUUUGUUAUUCUUUAACUAUGAAUUAACGCAAUAUAUUGCACUUACUAUGGAAACAGUAGUAGUGUUUGAUUACCCAAUAACUCAAGACGUACAGGAAGUGCACUUUAAUGGCCAAUUGAAAUUACAACAAAAGACGCUUCUGCGUGAGAAUGGUUUACAAAACUUCUACAAUCGUAGUAUGGAAUUAGAAGAUCGGCCAUUAUCAGAUUUCAUAUCUGAGAACGAAAAUAGAAAGUUUGCAGCCAAGAUCACAAAUACUCGAGUAACGUGGCAAGCGGGUUUUUCCAAAACAGAAAAAUUUGUGAUACGCGGUAUAAUCUUUUACUCGGAAGAUUCGAUUCAGUAUCAACCAGGAUUUUGGCAGGAGUUGAAGUGGGCUUGGAUCCAAUACAUAUCAAUUUUAUUAAUAUUUAUUUUCUUGGAAAAACGUAUUUUGGAAUAUAUGUUUACCCAUAGAUAUCUUAGAAGUUAUACUAUAGUCCCAUGGGAAAUCAAAUAAAUAUAUAAUGUAAUUUUAAACACAUUCAAAUAAUACCAUUCAUAGCUAUAAUAAACGUUUGACCAUAAAAGUAGGUCGUUAAGUAUAUUAAGAAAAGUAA